AUGGAGAAGAGCAAGAAGGAUGACCAUCAGGCUGUGCUCAAUGAAGGAGAGGAGAAUGAGCUGGAGGUGUUUGGCUACCAUACCCAGAAGCUACGGAGAGCCCUGUGCCUUGUCACAGCCAUCCUGACUCUUGGUGCAGUUCAGCUGAUGUUCUACUGGAGGCCUGAGUGGUGGGUAUGGACCAGUUGCAUCCCAUGCCCCUUGCAAGAAGCAGACACAGUUUUGCUGAGGACAACCGAUGAAUUUCGAAGAUAUAUGAGGAAAAAGGUCUUUUGCCUCCACUUAUCCACACUGAAGUUUCCUAUAAGCAAGGACCCAGAGGAACCUCUGGUAGCUGACCACAACUCAGUCAUAAACCAAGCUGUAAUGAAGCCAGAACUGAAACUACGAUGCAUCCAAGUGCAGAAAAUCAGGUACGUGUGGGAUUUCUUGAAGAAGCGAUUUCAGAAAGUUGGGUUGCUGGAAGACAGCAACUCCUGCUUUGACAUCCAUCAUACAUUUGGAUUGGGUCUGACCAGUGAAGAGCAAGAGGUCAGAAGGUUAGUGUGUGGGCCCAAUGCUAUCGAGGUGGAGAUCCAGCCCAUAUGGAAGCUACUUGUUAAACAGGUUUUAAAUCCAUUCUAUGUGUUCCAAGCCUUCACCCUCACUCUAUGGCUGUCCCAGGGUUACAUAGAAUACUCUGUGGCUAUCAUCAUUUUGACUGUUAUCUCCAUUGUCUUGAGUGUAUAUGAUUUGAGACAGCAAUCAGUUAAGCUGCACAAGCUUGUGGAGGAUCACAACAAAGUCCAGGUCACCAUUUCAGUAAGAGACAAAGGUCUGCAGGAGCUGGAGUCCCGUCUCCUGGUUCCGGGAGAUAUUCUCAUUCUUCCAGGGAAAAUCUCAUUGCCCUGUGAUGCUGUCUUGAUUGAUGGGAGUUGUGUGGUGAAUGAAGGAAUGCUCACAGGAGAAAGUAUACCUGUCACAAAGACACCAUUGCCCCAAACGGAGAACACGAUGCCCUGGAAAUCCCACAGUUUGGAGGACUACCGGAAACAUGUGCUCUUCUGUGGAACAGAAGUGAUUCAGGUCAAGCCAUCUGGUCAGGGACCUGUCAGAGCCGUUGUUUUGCAGACCGGCUAUAAUACAGCAAAAGGGGACUUAGUGAGAUCCAUCCUCUACCCUCGACCUCUGAACUUCAAACUGUAUAAUGAUGCCUUCAAGUUCAUGGUGUUCCUGGCCUGUAUUGGUGUUGUGGGUUUUUUCUAUGCCCUAGGUGUCUAUAUGUACCAUGAAGUUCCUCCAAGAGAAACUGCAACCAUGGCCCUGAUCCUCCUCACUGCUACUGUCCCUCCUGUGCUCCCAGCUGCGCUGACCAUAGGCAAUGUGUAUGCCCAGAAGAGGUUGAAGAAGAAGAAGAUUUUCUGCAUCUCCCCACAAAGAAUCAACAUGUGUGGCCAGAUCAACCUCGUGUGCUUCGACAAAGUGGGUUCCAAACUUACUAGGUUGGGGGUUGAGGCAAAAACUUGGGGAGAACUUCCAUGUCUUAGAAAUGGUUUCCAGGCAGUCCACAGCUUUGCCUCAGGUGAGCCUGUACCCUGGGGCCCACUGUGUGCAGCCAUGGCCAGCUGCCACUCCCUGAUCCUUCUCGAUGGGACCAUUCAAGGAGACCCUUUGGACCUCAAAAUGUUUGAAGGAACUGGUUGGAAUAUGGAAGAUGGUCAAGUGGACUCCUGCAAAUUCGGCAGGCCAGGUUCAAGCACAGUAAUCAAACCAGGACCGAAAGCCAGCCAGAGUCCUGUGGACAGCAUCACCAUCUUGCGCCAGUUCCCGUUUUCCUCAGGCCUGCAAAGGAUGUCUGUGAUUGCUCAGCUGGCUGGUGACCUUCACCUCCACAUCUACAUGAAGGGUGCCCCAGAAAUGGUGGCCAGGUUCUGCUGCUCUGAAACGGUGCCUAAGAACUUCCCACAGGAGCUGAGGAAUUACACGGUGCAAGGCUUCCGUGUCAUUGCUCUUGCCCACAAAACCCUGAAGAUGGAGAGCCUUUCAGAUGUGGACCGUCUAGCAAGGGAGAAAGUGGAGUCCGAGUUGGCAUUUCUCGGACUUCUCAUAAUGGAGAAUCGCUUGAAAAAAGAAACAAGGCCAGUACUGAAGGAGCUGAGCGAGGCCUGCAUCAGGACGGUGAUGGUGACAGGUGACAAUCUUCAAACUGCCAUCACUGUUGCUAAAAAUUCUGAAAUGAUUCCUAUGGGCAGCCAGGUCAUCAUUGUCGAGGCUAAUGAGCCGGGAGACCUUGUUCCUGCUUCUGUGACCUGGCAGUUGGUGGGGACCCAAGAGCCAGGUUCUGGGAAGAAGGACACCUACAUUGACAUCGGCAACAGUUCUGUACCCGGCGGAAAAGGUUAUCAUUUUGCAAUGAGUGGGAAGUCAUACCAAGUGUUAUUUCAUCAUUUCUACAGUAUGCUGCCACAAAUUCUGGUUAAUGGAACCAUUUUUGCAAGAAUGUCUCCUGGGCAGAAAUCAAGCCUUGUGGAAGAGUUUCAGAAAUUAAAUUAUUAUGUGGGCAUGUGUGGAGAUGGAGCCAAUGACUGUGGGGCUUUGAAAAUGGCUCACGCGGGCAUCUCGCUAUCAGAACAGGAAGCAUCUGUGGCAUCUCCCUUCACCUCAAAAACAGCCAACAUCGAGUGUGUGCCUCAUCUCAUCAGGGAGGGCCGGGCUGCUCUGGUCUCAUCCUUCGGCGUAUUUAAAUACUUGACCAUGUACGGAAUCAUCCAGUUUAUUGGAACAUCACUUCUGUACUGGCAACUUCAGCUCUUUGGUAAUUACCAGUAUCUCCUGCAAGACGUGGCCAUUACACUGAUGGUCAGCUUAACGAUGAGCAUAAACCAGGCCUACCCGAAGUUGGCUCCAUACAGACCAGCAGGACAACUGCUUUCUCCUCAGUUGCUACUCUCAGUCAUCAUGAAUUCCUGUUUCACCUGCAUUGUGCUAGUGUCUACAUUUCUCUCUGUGAAACAGCAGCCUUGGUACUGUGAGGUCUACAAAUACAGUGAAUGCUUUCUGGCCAACCAAAGUAAUUUCUCAACCAACAUGAGUUUGGAGCGAAACUGGACGGGAAAUGCAACUCUGGUUCCUGCUUCUGUGCUAAGUUUUGAGGGUACCACUUUGUGGCCCAUCGUCACUUUCAACUGCAUCUCAGCAGCAUUUAUUUUUUCUAAGGGAAAGCCAUUUCGGAAACCCAUCUACACAAACUAUUUAUUCUCGCUUCUGCUGACAUCUGCUGUGGGCCUCACUCUUUUCAUUCUGUUUUCUGAUUUUCAAGAUAUAUACCGUAAAAUGGAGUUCAUCCCAACCACAACGUCAUGGAGAAUUUCAAUUCUGGUGGCAGCCUUUGUCCAGUUCUGCGUGGCCUUCUUUGUAGAGGACGCCAUCCUUCAAAAUAGAGAGCUUUGGCUGUUUAUAAAGAAAGAAUUUGGAUUCUACUCCAAAAGUCAGUAUAGAAUCUUGCAGAGAAAGCUGGCAGAAGACCCGACGUGGCCUCCCACAAACAGGACAGAUUAUGCAGUCAAUGGCAAAAAUGGAUUCUACAUCAACAGAGCCUAUGAAAGCCCAGAAGAAGUCCUCAAAGGGAAGCUCAAGCUGGGAGGGCAAGCUUCAGAACAGCACUUUUGGACCAGACUGUAA